AUGGCAGGGAAAGACCAAGCCGAGGACGAGAAAGGAGAGACCUAUGCGGAUUCACAGUCGUCGAACGAUCCGAGACAGACAGCCCAUCAACAUGGAGAGAGCACACCCAUUGACCUCUACGAACGGAACGCACUGCGAGAAAGUGCAGCUAAAUUUCUAGAUGACGACACCGUGCGUGAUGCACCAAUAGACAGAAAGAGAAGCUUUUUACAGUCAAAGGGCGUGCCAGAGCCGGACAUUGACAAGCUGCUCGCCAUACAUCCCAACUCCGCUUCAGAAGGAAUGGAAUCUUCCACAAAGUCGACCACUAUGUCCGAUGGAGAGAUGGCCACUGAAUCUCGAGAGGAGAACGACACAGCCCCCGGGCCUGUACCCAUCAUCACUUAUCCCGAAUUCUUGCUUCACUCGCAAAAGCCGCCACCUCUCAUCACAGCCGAUCGUCUACUCGCAGCAAGCUAUAUAGUCUCUGGCGUUGCAGCUCUGACCUAUGGAACAAGCAAAUACAUCAUUGAGCCAAUGCUCGAGUCACUAGGCUCCGCUCGCCAUGAUCUCUUCUCAACCACCUCCUCACACCUAGAGAACCUGAACAAGAAGCUAGAAACCAGUGUCUCGAAGGUUCCUGCCCUCUCCCCACCAAAUGCCAUCGACAGAGAUAUGGAGACGGAUGAUGACGUUGAAGAUGCUACAAGAUUCUUUUCAAGGACAAUAGCUACACAGACCUCCCCCAGACUAUCACGGUCCAACUCUUUGGUCGCGAGUCCCGAGAUGGAAGAGCACCCGUCGUCCAAUGAGAAGCAAGCAAGCCAAUUAUCAGAUCUGAAGGUCUCGUUGGAGGGGAUAACGCCAGGAGAAAAGUCAGAGCUAGCAGUGCAAAGCAAGCUCGAGGAAUUGAAAACGUAUUUGGAUGGGAUACGCCAUACGACCAACGUGGUUCCGUUGGGGAAGUUCCAUGGGAAGGCAGAGGAGGAUGGUGUUGUAAGGCUCAAAGCUGAGAUCAAGAGUGUCAAGGGCGUGUUGCUGAGCGCAAGGAACUUUCCGUCCGGAAUAGCGAGAUGA